GAAAGCUUGGGAAAAAAGCAUACGAAGAAGAAAUAGAAGGAGGCUAAGCUGAACCGAGUCGACUCACUCAAUUCUGAAAAUCCAGUGCUCUGCAAUUCAUCAGAAUUCACAAUGUCGCGAAGGUAUGAUAGCCGUACAACUAUCUUCUCUCCUGAAGGUCGUCUGUACCAGGUUGAGUAUGCAAUGGAGGCAAUUGGAAAUGCUGGCAGUGCCAUAGGCAUAUUAUCUAAAGAUGGAGUUGUGUUGGUUGGUGAAAAGAAGGUCACUUCCAAGCUUCUUCAGACAUCAACAUCUACCGAGAAGAUGUACAAGAUUGAUGACCAUGUGGCAUGUGCUGUCGCAGGAAUAAUGUCUGAUGCCAACAUUCUUAUUAACACUGCUAGGGUCCAGGCUCAACGAUAUACUUACGCUUACCAAGAACCAAUGCCGGUAGAACAGCUAGUUCAGUCUCUAUGUGACACUAAACAAGGCUACACACAGUUCGGUGGACUCCGUCCGUUUGGAGUUUCUUUUCUCUUUGCAGGAUGGGAUAAGAACUAUGGCUUCCAGCUCUACAUGAGUGACCCGAGCGGAAACUAUGGAGGAUGGAAGGCUGCAGCAAUCGGAGCAAACAAUCAAGCUGCACAAUCAAUGCUAAAGCAGGACUACAAGGAUGAGAUCACAAGGGAGGAGGCUGUUCAGCUUGCUCUCAAGGUGCUUAGCAAGACAAUGGAUAGCACAAGUCUUACUUCAGAGAAGCUCGAACUGGCCGAGGUAUUCCUCUCUAAUGGAAAAGUUAAGUACCUAGUGCACUCACCCGAGUCCCUGAAUAAAUUGCUUGCCAAGCUUGGAUUGACCCAACCCACCGUGGAGACCUAAAACCACUUCAUAUGAUUUUAACUCUCUUCUCAGACCAUGCUUGUACUUCUUUUGAAACUCGGGAUUGUUCAAUAUAAUGGUGAAUUAGGUACUGUUCAAUUAUGUUUCGGAACUUGUUUGGUCAUGUGGAUUAUCCCAGCAAUACUGCUGUUCAAUUUCCUUUGUUGCCUCUUAUCUAUGUUGUCAUAUCAUAUAUGCUAGAUUAUGAAGUUUUCUUACAAUCUGUUGCUAUAA